AUUCGCAGAUUCUCUGAUGACACGUCCAGCAUGAAGAGGUUGGCUGCAAGAGACUUUGAGGAUAUUCUACAGUGUGCUAUGUCCAUUUUUGAGGGACUCCUCCCAUCCCCACAUGAUGCGAUAGUGCAGACCCUGCUGUUCAGAUUCGCUGAAUGGCAUGCCUAUGCAAAAAUGCGGCUACAUACUGAGGUAACCCUGGAUUCCAUGUCACGAGUGUUUACUUCUCUCACUCGGCAGCUACGAAAGUUCUGUCAUCAUAUCUGUGAUCACUAUAUUACUUUCGAACUGCCGAAGGAAAAGGCUGCAUGGCAUCGACGACUCGGACAAGCGCAUAAUAAAAGCCGGCCUACUGAUACAUCUUCAUCCUCUCCAAAGAAGAAGUCAUUCAAUAUGAAAACCUACAAAUUUCAUGCCCUUGGAGAUUAUGUUCAGUCCAUCAAGUUCUUUGGGACCACUGAUUCCUUCACGACACAAAUUGUAUGGCGCUGGUUUAUUAUUAUUUUGAGCUUGUACUGA